AUGGACUGUUUCGAGCACGAAUCGGCGCUCGACUCCGGGCUGCUCACCGCCAGCCUGAUGAUCGAACCGCUCUUCGAGCUCCUCGAAGCGCUCGCAACCCUCAUCCAAAGCUGCCAAGAAGGCACAAAGAAAUCCAGCCAAGAAGACGCGGUCUAUCGCCACCUAGACAUCCACAUCCGCCAACGUUCCUCAAGCUUGAUUCAGGCCGUCUUCAGCUGGCUACUAGACAGGGUGUGUGCGGCUCUCCUGCUCAGCUGGCAGACGUGGCUGGGUGUCGAUCUGGGCGGCCGACGAACCAUUUGGCCAGACGAAAAGGACCAGCUCUACCAAUCCCUUUGGAGCCAAUACGGCAUUCAACCAGACCCACGACUGUCAGUCGAUCCUCAUCUCGACCUUGCUGGCGACUAUCUGGAUCAAACUGAGGCCAGAACACCUUCUUCAUAUUGCUUCCGUCCUGAUCGCGUCCCAAGUUUUAUCCCGAUAUCUCUGGCCGAGUCAAUUUUCAAGGCUGGCGUAUCAUUGAGAAUCCUGCGACACUCGAACCCGUUUCAUCCGAUCUGUCUCACGUAUCCUGCCGAAGAACAUGGCCAGUCUCGGUGGGUAUGGACCCCUACGGAACUAGAAAAAGUCUUUAAAGCAUUUAACAGACAGAGGCACGACAUGAAACUUCAAAUAUCUGCGUGGAGACAUGGAAUCAAGCUCUCAGAUGAUCCAUUGGCUACGAUCCAAAGAUCCAAGGGAGUGUCACUCCCUACCAUGCAGGAUAUUGAACAAGAGCUUGACAUAGGCGACUUCCUCAAGGCCAUCAGCACUGGCUUGAAGCCCUAUGACAACCAAGUGGGCGGAUCAAGACACAUCGACCAGCGUCGGAAAGGCCUGAUCGAGACUGUUGAAGAGCGUCUGAGAUCUUGCCGGGUCGACAGAGCUGGGCUGCUCCAGCCCAUGGAACUUCCCUCUCUAGAUCUGCUGACGGAGGUAACGGUAAUUGAGUCACUCCGAUCUAGGUCCCUGGAGAUUGAUCAAUGUCUGCUUUCAUUCUUCCUGAUUGAUCUCGACUUCCUUGACCAUCUCAAGAUUCUUGGCCAGUUCAUGUUUUGCCACAAUGUGAUGUUUAACCAGCGGCUCACCAACGCGCUGUUUAGCAGCAGCCCUGGUGAGGAUUCGUCGCAGAGGACCGGUUGGCGCACGGUGGGAGUGAGUGGAAAACUGUUGCGUCGAGGCAUCUGGCCACCUGGCGGCUUCGAUCUUGCGUUUGCGCUGCGGACGGUGAUUCUGGACUCAGUUGCGCCGGACCAACGGCCGGCAGGCUACCGGGUGACGCUGGAGGAUCAACUGUCGUUUGCGAUCCGGCCGGGGAUCAAGGACUCGGCGGCGGGAGAGAGUGGAUACAGGGCCAACACAAUCGAUGGCUUCGGCUUCCUGAUGAUUGACUUCAAGCCCCCUUGUCUCCUCCCGUCCCACUGCCUCUCCCACCUCCAAGCAUGCACCACCUGGCUCGCAGAAAACAGUGGACAUCGUGUAGUAGAUGGCGACGAUUUUGUAGGGAGCCUUCAACGGAUGGAAUUAGUUACGGAGUCAGAUUUUCGGAGGGAAAUUAGCGCCCUGGCCACAGGGGAAAGCCGCCGUCCUUUUCCAACAGGAUCGCUACCCAUGGAUCAGCAAUUUUUUUCCAGUCCUGAUCGGCCGAUGACCAAUUCUGCUCAUGAAUCAACUACGGGAGAAUUUUUUCCCUCUGAUUCCGGGCGAGUGGCAAGCAGCGCAGAGAGAAGUCCCCACCCUGAUCUCGCAGCGGCCGGUGCUUGCCAAUCAGCUGUGGACGAAGAAAGCGAGAAAGAAUUCGUUGCUGCUCAGUCCUGGCUAGUCAAAAGCUUGAAAGAGGGGAUAUUCGUGGAUUUGGGGAUCGACGCUGUUCAUCGUCGAGCACGGUUGCUCACUCUAUACCGCCAGGCCCUGGUGCCAGCCAGGGCUGCUUUCGACAGAAAUACUAUCAAUUUGGGAUACAUGCCUUGCGAGAAACGACACCAGUCGUUAAUCAAAAGCCUUGGACACGAUACAAUCUCAUUGCGUCAAGCUCAAAUCUUACUAUCCACCGCGGCCGACCAACCUGAUGCAACUUCAAGUAGUGAACUUGUCGCUUCUCAUCAAGCUGCAGCCGGUGAACUUGGAAGAACCAGGAGAAAAUCGGAGUUCAAGGGCAAACAAACUGAAGCUUACCCUACCAAUCAUGACAAAGCCACCAAGAGUCGCGACGGCAGCUCAACUUCCAAUCCCUCCAAUAAAAACAUAUCGCAUGUCAUAUUAGGCAAGCAAGACACAUGUUUUUGUAUGUCACGAUUCGAGCCGCCUAGACACGAAGAGAAUAUGUGGUCCUUCUCUGAAGUUACAAAAAUCAAGGAGUGCGGCCAUUACUUCCACCUCGAAUGCAUUCGACACUGGAUGGUAAAUUACUUCAACUAUAGCUGUCCAAGUUGUCGCACCAAGUCGCCUGACUAUCGAGACGCAAAAUAG